AUGCCGCCCAAAAAACGAGUCCGCGGACCAAGACUAUCACCAGUUAAAGAAGACGAAACCGUUGAACUACCACCAAAACCCGCGCCAAAAACCAGAGGAAAAACGAAAAAAAGUGUUGAAGAGUUGGAAGAGCAAGAUGCCGAGUUAGACAAUCUUGAUAAUGGACAACAACAACUGGAGCAAGGUUCUUCAUCUCAAACUGUCACACAAUCUGUGAGAAAUUUGAAGAAAAAGAAUGCGGAAAAGGCGUUGCGCGAUAAUAUAACUGGAAGUAUUCGACAAGCGUUUCAAGCUAGAUCCAAUAUUUUGGAUAUUAUUAAACAUUCAACUAAUCAGUUAUUAACUGCAUAUAAAAAAGCUUUGAAAGGCGGUAAAGGAGAGAAUUCAAUCAAUACAGAUAUAUUCUUUAAUGAGCUAGAUUGUCGACUCACCAUGAUUGUAAGAAUGUUUUUUAAUUUUCAAAAAAUUAUCUUCUAAUAAUUAUUUUCAGAUUGAAGCUGUAACUGUUAUCGAAUCUCGAGCUCGAGUCAUGAAAGUUGUGGCUCAAGCAGCUUGCAAUCUUAUUAAUGAAUCCAACGACACUGCAAUUCUUGAUUUUCUCGUUGACAAAUGCUUCCAUACUGUAAGAUUUGGCAAAACUUGCAAAUCAUAAAUAAUUUCCCCAAUUUUCCAGUGGUCAAAAAGUGUCGAAAUCGAUCAUCGUGUCAACAUCGCCUCAUUCAUCGGCUAUGUUUUCGAAAGUGGUUUGAUCCGCAAGAAAAAAGAGGAUGGAGAAAAUGCUAGAAAUCCACGUCAAGACGAAGAAAUGGAAGAGGAUGAUCGAUUCGCAGUUUUUGAGAUGGAAUACACCAGAAAGCUAUACACAUUUUUGUUGAAUUUUAGUAUGGAUAAACCGGCGGUUCGGGUUUCGGCGAUUCGUGCUGUUUCGGUUUUGCAAAGUUGUGAGAUUCCGACGGAUUUUGAGGAGGCUAUGGCGAGAAUGCCCAGGGAAAGUUAGUGAAUCAAAUUUCGGAAAUCAUAAGUCCGAAGGGAAAUUUAGUUAUGACGUGGCAAAGUUAAACUUUUAUCAAAAAAUCUUAUACAAAACAUUAGUUUUUCACCUUCCGAUCAUAAUUCCACAGUUACUUUCUACUUAUCACAACUCUGAAGUUGAGUUAUGACGUGGUAUGAUCGGAAGGUGAAAAACUAUUAGAGAAAUGUUUUGUAUUCAAAUAAAUGGAAGGAUCCUCUAUAAGAGGGUCCCUUCCCAUUUCUCUCCCUCCUAACCUAUCCCAAUUGCAUUUUUCCAGUCCUUCUCCGCUCGUUCCGCGAUCAAUCAUGGGAAUGUCGCCUGGCCGCAAUCGAUGUCUUCCAACCGACCGGCGAUUUUUCCGCAGACAUCAUCCAACUCGCUCUCUACGAUAAAUGUCCAAAAGUCCGUUGUGUGGCUCUCAAAAAAUACGGAGAACUCUUGUUCAGAUGUUCGGAUGAUGCGUUGAAAGUCGAAUUGUUGUAUACGUGUUUGAAUGAUCAUGAUAGUAAGUUAGGCUAUAACACAAAGAUAAAUUCAAUUCUCAUUUGUGUUACAGUAUCAAUUCGCGACGCUGUCAAGAAAAAUGUGAUUGAAGUUUGGAUAAAUCGAUUGGCCAAAGCUUACGCGAAAAAUUUCAAAAAGCCUCCGGCUUCUGAUGAUAUUAUUGAGACGGAUGCGACUGGUGAGCCAAUGGUGCAAGAAACUCAACAAGUUAAAGUUAUGGGAUAUGCGUAUGCCGCAUUGCUCAUUGUAUACUUUUUGGAUUUUAUAUCAGUUGAUGUGAGUUUCUAGAAAAUUUUCUAGAAAUUUCUUUAGGAAAUUCGAAAUUUGAAACCUCUUCAUCUCCUAAAUACUUUAAUUUUCCCAGUCCCGCCACCAAGUUCGUUUCAUAAUGAUGCAUGUUCUUGAUAUUGUCCGUCAACUCUACAAUGUCCACCGCGAACCAAUUGAUCUAUUCGCCACUUCAGUCGUCGAAGAUAUCGUCGAAUGUGGUGACAUUCAACUAAUCACCCGUUCCACAAUUUCUGAUAUGUAUGAAGCGAUUUCAACUCUGCGAACACAAAGUGUUGAGAUCUUCUUCUGGCGUGUUUUCAUCGAAUAUUGUGUUGAACGAGCGAAAGAUUCGAAUGAUGCGAUGUUUGCGGUGGAAAGAUUUGCACCGAAAAUGGUGAAGAUGUGUAGUACGGUUAGAGGGUGAGUUAUUUUUGAGGUCUAAAAAUAGGGCAAAAAAUCUCGCCUGGAAAUUAGAUUUUUUAAAAAUCAAAACCUUGUUGACUAUGACGUGGCAAAAAACCAAAAUUUGAAAUAUCAAUUCCCUGCAACAGUUGAAUAUUUCCAGAGUUUUGGAAAGUUUCAAAAAAAUGGAGCUCGAAGGAAAAGACAAUGAUGGUUCCGAAAUUGUCGACUGGGAUUUGGCACGUAUCCAACAAUCAAACAUCCUUCAAAACAUUCUCGUCACAUUCCGUCAUUUCGACAAAGAACAAAGUGGAAAAGUUGCAUGGAAAAGUCUUCUCGAAGAUAUUCUCUAUAACAUCAAUAACACCAAAUCAGUAGUCGAUAUUAUAAUUCAAGACUUGGCACAAUAUUUCUAUGCUGAAAACGCGGUUGGUCUUUUGAGUGACGUGGCAUCGAGUAUAUCGGAUAUGUUGCAUCGAGUUACAACUGGAGAUCAAACAAUGAGAGAUGAGACGGUUUUUAUUGGAAGUGCUCAGCCGAAGUUUGUUUCGCAAGAGGAUCGAGAAGUUCUGUCGGCUAUCACUGAUUAUGAAUUAUUGAUUUUUAAUGCGAUUUUGAAGACUGGGGUUUUCAAGAGGAUUGAGACUAUUUUAACAUCCAAAUAUCAGAGUUUGGUGAGUUUUUGGGCUGAAAUAAGGCGGCUAAAAAUUUCCCGGAAAAUCUACGUUUCCAUUAUUAUAUUCAAAAUAACGAGUUUUUUCUUUAUUAUUAAAUCAUAUUCGUAUUUCAAGAAAUAUCUAGAUGAAACAUUUUUUAUUUUCGCCGAAUUCCCUUUAUUUUAUCCCGAAAACCUCCAAAAUCACUCAAAAUGUGUAAUAUUAAACCCCUUUCUCAAUUCUGCAAAAUCGAAAGCGUUGCUUCGAUCCAACUUCUUCGCGUGAAUCUUAAAAGUUCCGCGAGGUUUUUCCGGAUCCGCAAAAGCUAAGAAUAACGCGUCGCUUUUUCCAUCGAUUUUUGCUUCGAACAUCAAUUCGGAAAGAUCGCGAAGCAUACAACCGGCACCUGGUCGAAGUUUGUUCAUGCUGGGAAAUUUGAGAUCUGAAAGGUCUUGAGGUUUCGGAGAUUGGGUUAUUCUUUUUUUUUUUUUGAAUAGGUCCGGUUUCUCGGCUUAUCCCCUUACCAUUUCUUCUAACAAUGUAAGCAAUUUCGAAAAUUCACCUUUGAUCUCCUCGAAAUGUUGAUCCAAACUCUGUAGAACAACAUCCCCAUUCUUUUUGAUAAUUCUAAUCGGAUCAUCACAAAUCUCUGACAGCAGACUUCGAUUCUGCCCUCGAAUAACACCCCGAUAAUAUUGAUCCAUCAGUUUUUCAGCGUAUGGAUCGAGAUAAGAUUGAGAAAAUUCUAUCAGAAAACAUGAGACUAGAAAGAGGAGAUUCAUAAUUUUCUAUCUACUAUUUUUGAGCUUUUGAUUAGAUUUAUAUGUGAAAUAAUUUAUAUGGGAAGGUGAUUAAAUUUUGGAAAGAAAGUUUUAUUUGUGGGAACUUGAAAUAAAUGAGGAUUCCGAAUUUGCCAUGUCAUUGUUCACGUGUCAGAGAAUUUUUGGCCUGAAAACAUGAUUCAAGAAAUAUUUUGCCACGUCAUGAAUCAAUCAGAAAUUUGCAGGCUGUUCCGAAACUAACAAGCAGAGUAAUGGAUGAACGAAUCGUCGCCAUGGAAUGUGUUGGUUUAAUCGGAAUGAUACACUUGGACACGGUCAAAAACGAACUGGAACUAUGUCGGGAAAUCGCUGAAAAUGAUCAAUUCAUUCAAGUCAAAUCGUGCUAUUAUACAAUGAUUGUGGAUUUGUGUGUUUCGCAUGGAACUGAGGUUAUUGAUGAAAUUGUUGGAAGAAGUGGAGGAAAAGGAACAAGAAGGAAGAGCAGUCCGAAAGAUUUUAAUAAUAAUGGAAUUGUCGCCAGUAUGUGUGAUGUUAUUUUGACUGAAAAUGUGAGUUUUUCGAGGGAGGGAAAAAACUAAAAAGAUUAUCUUGGAGGUCUAGAAAACCAAAAAAAGUAUUUUUCUGGCCUAGAAAAACAACAACAGUAUUCUGGUGGCCUAAAGAACCAAAAACAAUUUUAUUUUUGAAAAAUCCUCCUAUCAAACCCCCAUUUUUGCAGCCCGACAUCAAAAACUCUGAAGUCGUCUUGAAAUGCUGUGAAGGUCUCGGCAAAAUCCUUCUCCACGAAAACAUCGAACCCGACAACAAAACGUGGCAAAAGGCGCUGAUCACGUUGCUCUCAAGAUUGAAUUAUAAACUCGAUGGAGUGUUUUCGGCGAAAUGUCGAAGUAUUAUAACGACGAUGUUGAAGUUUUUUGCGAGUUUGUAUAUGUGAGUGGCAGCCUGAAAAUUAUUAGACCUAAGUUGUCUCACACUUUUAAAUCCCAAUAAAAUUCUUAAAAUUAACGUCAGCUUAAUGAUGAACCAAUUUUUGCAGCAACAAUCAAAAAUGCUUGGUGAAUUGUUUCAAGGAAUUCUUCACCGAAUGGGAUCACAAUCCAAAUCUCAUCGAAAAUGCCGGAGCUCACGAAUACAUCUAUCAACGACUUUGUCGAUGCGCAACACUUUUCGGAAUUCUAACCCGACAUUCGAUUUUGAUGCCGGACAAACAGGCCGAAACACCGUGUCAUGAGAGAUUGUUGGAAGAUGCAUUGAAGGAAUUGUCGAUCAAUGAGGUGGGUGAUUUUUGGAUUUUUCAUCAAAAUUCGCUGAAGACCACAUUUUUGGAAGAAUAAAUCCCUUAAAAUCAAUAUUUUUGCAGAACUCGAGCGCUGCCAAUUAUUAUUGUGAAGUGAUGCCGUUGAUCGAGCUGGAUUGUUUUAGACGCGAUAGUUUAGCCAGAUUUUAUGAUGAUGUUAAUGAAUUGAUUGAGGUAGGCGAGAUUUUGGGUGGAAAAAUAAUUUGGGAAUAUAUUUUCUAAAAAUGUUUUUGCCAUGUUUGAAAAAAUUCUGAAUUUCGGAACUGAUUUUUUUAUUUUUCAAGUUACAUGUGGAUUUUAGUAUUAUAAAAAAUUUCAAGCAGGUUUUCAAAAUUCGUUUUUUUGUUGUUGGAAAAUUCAAAUUCCACGUCAUUUUCUAAUUAUCUAUCAUUUCUCUGAUUGUGACAAAAUUUUUCCGUGAUUUUUCCAUGGUUUUUUGCUCAUUAUUUCUCUCUUAUCAAAGUUCAUCGACUAAAACCCAACAAGUACUUAUUCUUCUUCUUCUUCUUUUUAAUUAUAAUCUAAUCAACAUCAUGAAAGACUACACAAAAUUACGUGCAAAACUCGAAAAUCACACUAAAUUUUGCAGGUUUACAUUGAAGAUGAUCCGAAAAAUCGACUGAGCGAAAUCAGAAAAUUCCGAAAAAGGCUGAUGAAAGUGUUGGGAAUCAGUGAUCGAACGAAUAAUGCGGCAAAUAUUGCAGCCGCGCAGGAAAAUGUGCCAAGUAGCUCGGCUGCUGUGCAAUCGGCUGAAAUUGAGGUCAAAUUAGAACCAUUGGAUGAAGUUGAAGUUCCGGCUGCAAGUGCGACGAAAUCGAGAUCAAAUAGUAGAAAUACGACUAUUAAGGUUGUUUGGGGAUUUUUUUUUGAUCGUUAGAUAAUUUUGAGUGUUUUUCUAGGCUUCUGCUUCGAAAUCGGUGAAUGUUGUGCAGGAAAUUCGAGAAUUGAUGGACUCGCCACCCAGAGAACUUACGACAACUAAGAAAAGUGAGUUUAGGGAAAUUUUUGAAAUAAAAAAUCCUCAAAUUUUGAAGCAGAAACUAGAAAUGUAAAAAUAAAAGUUUGAUUUUUUUGUUUGAAAAAUCAUUUUGAAGUGAAAAAUUGUUUUCUGAAUUAAAGUUUUAUCAUUAAAAUUACCUAAGGUUUGAAAUAGAUGAGAAAUUCUGAAAUUCUAAAUUUUUGGAGCAUUUUGAGCUCAAAGUGUAUUUUUUGGCACCAAAAUUAUUGGAGAUUUCCGAACAUUUCAAGAAUUUUUAGAUCAAAUAUGCUGAAAAUUUCAAAUUUUUAGAGCUUUUUGAUACAAAAACCCAAAAAAAAAUAAUUUGUUGUGUGGCAUUAUUGAAACUUUUCAAUUUUUUGAAAAAUCACCGGGAAUCCCAAAAUUUCAGUCACAAAUCUUUAUUUCUAGAAACCACCCGUACCGCUUCAUCCUCUGAACCUCGUCCAAAAAGAGCAGCAGCUCGUCGCCUCCAAGGUGCUCCAUCUGACUAA